AUGGAUACUGCAAUCCAAAAAAAGGAGAUUCAAUCGCUGAGAAACAAAUGGACUAAUAGCUUGGAAGCUUAUGAAAAUGACACAGAUUACAUCAGUGGGAAAUUGUCAGUCUCUGCACAAAUUCCACCUGAAUUCACACUGCGGUGCAAUAAUUAUAGAGAUGCUUCACCUCUGAUGAUCAAGAUUACUGCCCUGCCAAAGAUACAGCUGUUCUUUCAAUUCACCGCUGAUUACCCUGCCAAAGGCAUGCCAACUUACCAGAUUUCAUGCUUGUGGCUGACGUUUGAUCAGCUGCGAUCAUUAUGUAGGCAGUUGAAUCGUUUAUGGCAAACCUAUUCUGGGUCACCAAUUUUGGAUAUUUGGGGUACUUUUCUCCAAGAAGCAAUAGCCUUUCUAGAGAUGGGAAAUCUAUUAGAUUUAACUGAAGACGCCGACGAGAAUUCUCCACAGAAGAAAAAAAUGAAGUUCUCAGGAAAGAAUAAAGGGUACGGGAAGCACCGAGUUCUGGUGGCAAAACUAGAUAUACCACUUUCUGACUAUUUGAUCAAAUUUAAUAACAAUAUAAGAGUUAGAGAAUUUAUGGCCGCCUGGCACACCUGUAGCAAGUGUUCACAGGUGAACUUGGGAGCUAGAAGUGUUGUAUUUAAAAUGUGUCGUCACAUUUUGUGUUUAGCAUGCGUGAAGCGUCUAGUUUCCUCACAAAGACCAAUGAUGAAUGCCUUUUACAUUUGCCCUGUUCCUCUGUGCGAGAAGUCUGUGUCAAAGACUAAGGUCCUGUCCUUCCUAGACGACAUUCGGGCAAAUAGGGCAUAUGUGACGAAACAGGUAUAUUCCUUGGCGGAGAAAUUAAAGAAUACAAAAACGCAUGAGGAAGAGGAGCGGCCGAAGAAGGUGGUGGAAUGCCCGUCGUGCGGCGGCUCUGUGGACGUCUUUAGUCUUGAUGACAAUCUGGCCAUGUGCUCCUGCUGUGGUAACAUAUUUUGCUAUCUCUGCGACAAAACAUACCAUGGCAUUAACCCAUGUCACAUAGCUUUAGAGGACAAGGUGAGGGUGUUUCUUGCAUACUCUUCCGCCAGCGAUGAUGAAAAAGCCGCGCUUAUAUACAAGUACGGGCAAAAGCGUUUGUCCCGACUCGUGCUCCAGAUGUGUCCUCCAGUAGAGCCUGCCAAAGUUGCCGUAGAACCGAUCGAAGUUGAUGAGUGA